AUGACUCACCAAGGAUCUUCUCGCCUACAGCAUUUCCUCCAGGCUCAUGCUGCUCAAUCUCCAUUCUUCGUAACGGGUUUAAGACCCCAUCGCCAACUCAGUAAACCAGUCUCCGGUAAUCUAAAUGUUGAAAUUGACAACGAUGGCACCGAAUCAAUUCCAGAAUUGAUAGGAAGUCAAACCCUGCAUUCGGAUACAUCAUCAGCUUUCUCGUCGAAUAAUUCUUGUCCCUCUAUAGCUGAUCCUUACCCCACAAUCUACGAGGAUGUCUCCGACCUCGAAUCCGAAGCUUGUGGCAUGCCAACGACUCGACCAUUGAAGGGUCAAUUGGAUUUACCAUCCAUUGUUUCGGAUAUAGCCCGAUUAACUAUAUUAGCGAAUGAUCUAUUAGGGAUAGUAGGAAGAGGGACGGACAUGAACGCUUCUGAAGAGCCAAAUACCGCAAGGUCAUCGCCAGACCCAUCAUCUCAUUCUCAGCGCCACGUCUUGCGUUACGAAGACCGCACCCUGGGGCACGACCGACCAAGCUUUUCUGACCAGAAUGCCGAGUUACAAUCUGAAGCAAUGGCGCAAUGUGGAUUCUGCGAUCGAACGUCCGAGACGAAUACAAUGCUCAAAGACAAUACACUGCUCAAGGAAGACCUAGACUGGGAACUUAUCAAGACUACUGGGCUGGAAUCUCCCGAAGCUCCCUGUCCGAUAUGCAAAGGGCAUGUUGUUACGUCGGUGCUCUCGCAGCACACCCCCGUUUGUGAAAAGCUGCAUCAUACGGCCUUCAGAAGCCUUGUUAAGAUACCUGCGCUUGAACGCAUAUCUGAACAACUAAUAAAGAGCCUAGAAAGGGGAGACGAGCUACCAGCUCCAGAAAUUACACAUUAUCGCCGCUCGUCGAGAUCUGGAGAUCACACCAUCCUCCCCUAUGAUAGUAAAAUACUUUCGACAUAUUCAGAAUGUCCUGUCUCUGACAAGAGCUCAAGCAAUGAACUUUUCGCCUCGCCACCCUCCAGUAAACGCCGCGACAAGUGGACAGAUAACACCAAAAUUACCAAGAAGAGAUGCCUACUGUGCCAGUUGAACCCUAUAUUUACCUUUCCUCGUUGCGACCCACCCUUGAAUCCAUUUUCAUGGUUAGAGGACCCUUCUAUAUCAAUUCGAUCUAAUCUGAGCACCAUACCGAGCACGCCAACUGAACUGGCAUGCGACACGCAAGCUUAUGCCAAGGGCCAAGACGCGGACAAAAGCAAUGGAGAAAACCACUCUAAGUCAAUCAAUGGGCUUGAUGAGUGCGCGUCUGAGGAGCUAAGCUGCAAGGCAAACAUACAUUUUAUCCCCAGCGCUAGUGUCCACGAAGCCGCUAGUGACACUUCCGAAGCUACCCACAAGGACACGAGGAUAGCAAUUACUUCAGCCACAACUCCAUCGGAAGCUGAGCAGAUGACCAAGUUAAACGAGCAAUUAGUAUCAAGACCUUCCAAGGAGCAAGGAGUCUCUAGCGCGGUACAGUCCACCUCCGACCAGUCCAGCCAGAAGCUUAGUUCUCUCGUUAGUGGCACUGGUGACCAAUUCUCCGACCAGCCAAAGGUGACCUAUAAAGAACAUAUGAUCAGAGCCGCACGGUUCGAACGCUUUCAAAAAGGAGCGGAGGCACGACAAAGGCUUGCGGAGAGUCUUGAGCCAUUUUCAAAUCUCAGUAUUGGUGGCGAGCCUUCAGGCCAGUCAAAGUUGACAUUUAAAGAACGGAUAUCAAGGACGCAGCGGCAUAAACGCUCUUAUGAGAGAGCGGAGGCGCGACAAAGGCUUGCAGAGAGUCUUGAGCCAUUCUUUUCAAAUGCCAGUAUUGGUGGCGAACCUCCAGACCUGUCAAAGUUAACAUUUGAACAACGGAUAUCAAGGGCACAGCGACAUAAACGCUUUUAUGAGAGAUGCGAGGCGCGGAGAUGCUCUAAAGUGGACGAGGUGGGCAACGAGCUAAGCUUGAGAGCCAACACAAAUGCUCCGCCAGCAACCUCUUAUCAACAGUGUGACGAACCCAAUCCCACCACACGUGGAGGGCUACCCACCAGAGUUGCCUCGGAGUAUACUCCAGUCAUGCAUCAACGCCAUCGCAGCUAUGAUGCUUCGAAGAGCCAAUCAAGCAACAAAGCUAUCGCCGCGAAGUCAACUACACUACAGGAAACAGCCCCCAGAGAAACAUCCAAGGAGUAUGUGAUUGAUUGCCUAAAACCCGAGUGUUAUGCCCCAGUUCCUAGCAACACCAGCAAAAUCAUAAUCACCGCAUCUGAUCCUCCUACAACGCGCCCAUCCACUGGAAGCGGUUCCUUCUUAGCCUCGUCCAGCGAUAGCCCCGAUGGGACUGAUGAGUACAGCUCGGACAGUGAUUCAUCCUCCUUUGCGUCUUCUCCUGGAAUCACGGGUUCUGCGUCAUCUAUACCCAUUGUCCAGUCGGUGCUAUUGUCUGCGAAGAAGGCAUUAGUUGGACGGGUUAUGACUGAAUUUUACGCUAUGUUUGAAACACGCCAUGGCAUUCGUAUGCACGCCGGAGAAGAAUCCACAACGAAUAAGCCAGGAUCCACACCAGACCGUCCUCGCUCUAAUGGAGGGAAUAAUUUUACUAAGCGCAGUGUACGUGGCCGGAACUCAGCACCCCCAGACGAUGACGAUGAAGACGACUCUGAAAAGCGUCGAGAACUGGGUUCAACUGUGCAUACUAGCAGGCCACCUUACCCAAGUCUCCGCUUCGCUUGUCCUUACUUCAAAAGAAAUCCUACCGAGCACUGCACAAGUAGAUCCUGCGAGUAUCCAGGGUUCAAAAAUGUGUCACGCCUCAAGCAACAUCUAUAUAACUGCCACGCUCUACAAAACUCAUGCCCACGAUGUUGGCUUGUCUUUGAGACUCAAGUUGAGCUACACGGACAUCUAGGAGCUCCGGAAGCUUGUAAAGCCGGACACAAGCCUGUGAAGGGUUUUACGUAUGAGCAGGAACGCCAGUUGAGAAGCAAAAAAAGACCGCGGAAGCCUUUAACAGAAGAAGAGAAAUGGGCAGCCGUGUAUCGACUCCUCUUUCCCGAUGACCGCGAGGAAGACAUUCCAAGCCCUUACUGUAAUCGAAGAACGUCAUCGGAGGAUGGCAGGAUCGACUCUCUUGCAUCGAACGAAAUGGCUUUGUUCGAAGAGUUUUCCCGGAAUGAAUUUCCACGGCUCGUACAGACUGAAGUUGAGAUUCUGAUCGAGCAAGACGCAGCAAAGUAUGCGAGUGCCUUAGUCGAUCUAUUUCGAAAAUGCCAGGAUCGACUGUUCGAGGAUUUUCGGAAGUCGCGCCUCAAUACGCCGCUACCUGAUGCUGAGACCAUCAAAUUCACGGAGCCAAUUGCGGAUGGUCAUAAUGGCCGACCAAGAGAGCCGUUCACCUGGCACACAGACGAGAUUCAGGAGGAAAGAUUCAAGCUAUUCCCUCCUCCCCCGCCAGCCGACGACCUGCGUGAGUGGAAUCUUCUUGAUCUACAUCAAAACGACUACAUCGGAUUUGGAUCAAAUCUAGGAGGCUCCUCCAACGGCCAGUCAUACUCGGGGAUUGAGUCGGGCUAUGGCUCGGUAGACCCAGAUUCUUUGUCCGCUGAACAAGACUCCGCCAAUACAUCUGGUGAUGUUAUGAUAUACCAGGGCAAUCCGGGCCCUGUUCUUCAUUCGUCCGGCGAGUUUCGUGUCCCUAUACGCCAAACCGACUAUUAUCAGGGCACCUUUGAUCCAUUGCAAAUAACUUCUGGGGAUCUCGGAGAAACGGCGUCGUACACGGGCAUGGCCAAUGUUGAACUCGACCUUGAUCAAUAUCUACAUGAUUAUCAAGAAACAUGAGGUUGAAUCCUGAGGCACGAUAAUCUUACAUGCCCUUCUCGGUCUUUCCCGUCCGGACGCCAUCCCAACACGACAACACCAAAGAUCUUCCGAUGAUGAAUACUAGAAACUAAAACCCCCAUCACGAUUAACGACUAUUUCAACUAGUGCAACUGAUUCCCGCACCGGA